AUGGGGUGCCCAUUGACUUCAAUUGUUCUUUCUAAAAAUUUGCAUUCGCUUCCAGAUUGCGUGUUUUACGGCAAUCAUCUGGUUUCCUACACUGUUCCAGACAACAUUCAAAAUGAAGCUUUCAGUGGAUUAGAUAAAUUGGUACACAUCAAAUUGUCGAGUAAUUUAACAAAACUCCCAGACGCAGCUUUUGCUUCCAAUUAUAGUUUGAAAAGUGUUGAUAUUCCAAUGAAUGUGACCAAAAUUGGAGACCGAUGUUUUUCUGGGUGUCCACUUGAUGGAGAAAAAGUAUUUAAAAUACCCAAAAACGUUAAGGUGAUUGAGAUAGGUGCUUUUGGAAAUUGCAAUUUUGAAGAAGUGGUGAUUGAAGGUAACAUCCAAGAAAUUAAUGAUGAAACGUUCAGUAAUUGUGUAAAUCUAUCAAAAAUAACUAUUCCGGAUUCAGUGACCAGAUUUGGCGAUUAUGCAUUUAUAAAUUGUAAAUUUGACAAAAUGUUCUUUGCAAAAAAUCUGAAAGUAAUGGGAACAGGGGUGUUUUCUAAAAAUAAGAAAAUAACUGAAGUUGUUUGGGAUGAAAAAUUCACAUCAAUUCCUAAAGAAAGUUUUAGAGGCUGUAAAAAUGUCACAAAAAUAGUCAUUCCAAGUACUGUUACUUCAUUUGGAGAAAAUGCAUUUAAAAGCUGCAAAUCAUUUGAAAAUUUUGUAAUUCCAAAUACUGUUGUUGAAUUUGGAAUGAACGUUUUUGAGAAAUGUGUGAAUUUGAAAAGUGUCACACUUCCUGAAGGAAUAACUAGAAUUCCAUUUGGGAUGUUUUUAAGCUGCUCGAAUUUGAGUGAAAUAAAGAAUCUAGAAAAAAUCACAAUAGUCGAACAAAGCGGGUUUAAUAAAACUCGUAAAUUAUUUGCACAUGGCAUUCCAUCCACUUUGAAGACGAUUGGGUACACUGCUUUUAGUGAUUGUUACAUUGAAGAGUUAGUACUCCAAAAUGUAGAAAUAAUGGAUGGUGCUUUUAGUCACAACGACAAAUUGACUAAAGUUGUUGUUUUAGACGGCGUCACAACACUUUCAGAUGAAUGUUUUUCUGAUUGUAUUAAUCUUCGAAUUGUAGAAUUGCCGAACAGUCUUGUCUCAAUUGAUUCCAAUUGCUUUGAUGGAUGUACCAGUCUUGAAGAAAUUACAAUUCCAAAGAGUGUCACGAAAAUAGGAACUCAAUGCUUCAAUGACUGCUCGAACUUAAGAAAAGUUAAUAAAGACGAAUCAUUGGUGUGUGAUGAUACCGUGUUUUCAAAAUGUCCUAAUUAUUUAACAGGAAAAGUUGUUGAAAAAGAUCAAUUCACCGGAGCUGUUGUUGAUAUUCCAAACGGAUUUGAUGGAUUAGAAAUGGCGCUUUUGAGAACAACAAUAAAUUAG